AUGGCCGAACUAACCGAACGGGAGAAGAUGCUGCGCGGGGAGCUCUUUGUUUCCUUUACUCCCGAGUUGAUUGCGGCUCGCAACCGCUGUAAAUAUGCCUACACCCGCUUCAACAACGCAGGAGAAGUCCCCCGGAGACAUCUCAUCGAGCUUUGGAGAGACGUGGUUGAAGACAAGACUCCGCUUCCUCCCCCGGUGGAAGAUCCCGUCGCAGACGAUGAACUCUUCAAGCAUGAGCCAUGGAUUGAACCACCCAUCAAGGUAGACUAUGGGUUCAAUGUCUUUCUUGGCAAAGAUAUUUUCAUCAAUUCCAAUUGUGUCUUUAUUGACACCAUGCCGAUCACUGUCGGGGACCGCACACUCUUUGGCCCUAAUGUCAGCCUCUUCGCCGGUGGUCAUCCGGUUGACCCAGCGGUCCGAAAUGGCAUGGAUGGUCCGGAGAUGGGGGCACCCAUCACCAUCCAGGAAGAUUGUUGGAUUGGUGGCAAUGUGACGAUCUUGCCUGGUGUGACGAUUGGCAAAGGCUCCACGGUGGGUGCGGGCAGUGUCGUGACAAAGGAUGUACCAGCCUUCCAUGUGGUCGCAGGAAAUCCAGCCCGCAUUAUUCGCAAAAUUGAGACUGCAAUGAGGGAGUGA